UAAAUCUUCAAAGAGUUUAGUUGGGUAGCUGGUCCCGCUGAUUUUUCUUGGAGUUCACUUGAAUCCUGCGAUCAACUUGAUAGAUCUACCAAAUAGCACACAACAGUUUGAUCUCUGUGUCUAUAUAAUGAAGAGAUUCACGGUCUGCUGCUUCUCAAAUCCAAUUCACAAGAACAAAAAUCACAAUCCAGACAAGAAGCUAAGAAACAGCAUGGAGAUUUCAAGAAACGACAAUGGAGAGCAUGCAAAACAGAACAACAACAACAAUGUAACACCAGUCAUCGGUUCUGAUCGUACCAAUGUUAUUGUGAACCAUGACUUCUCUUUGGGGACGCAUUCAUGGCAUCCAAAUUGCUGCGAGGCCUCUGUUGUCACCGCAGAUUCUGGUAUCCCUCACGGUGUAUUAGACCCGUCAAAGUAUGGCAGCUAUGUAGUUGUCAAGAACAGGAAAGAAACUUGGCAAGGCUUAGAGCAAGACAUAACAAGCAGAGUGAAACCUUGUUCUCUCUAUAAAGUUUCUGCAACUGUUGCCGUCUCUGGUCCUGUUCAAGGAUUGGAGGAGAUUAUAGCCACUCUGAAGCUCGAAAACCAACAAUCGCCAACAAACUAUCAGUUCAUCGCAAAAACUUGUGUAUUCAAGGAGAAGUGGGUGAGACUAGAAGGCAUGUUCUCGUUACCAAGCGUACCAGAAAGAAUUGUUUUCUAUUUGGAAGGUCCUUCACCAGGGAUUGAUCUCUUAAUACAGUCUGUUACCAUUCACCUUGAUAGCGAGCCUGAGCGGGAACGACUUGAAGGCGUUACAGUGGAAGAUGAGAAUCUUGUAGUGAACCCAAACUUUGAAGAUGGACUAAAUAACUGGUCUGGGAGAAGCUGCAAGAUUGUGUGUCAUGACUCCAUGGCUGAUGGAAAGAUAAUUCCACAAUCUGGAAAAGCUUUCGCUGCAGCUACAGAACGCACACAGAACUGGAACGGUAUUCAACAAGAGAUUACUGGAAAAGUUGAGAGGAAACGUGUAUAUGAAGCAACCGCGGUUGUUCGUAUAUAUGGAAACAAUGUGACAAGUGCUACUGUGCAAGCUACUCUAUGGGUCCAGAAUCCAAAUCAACGUGACCAAUACAUUGGCAUUGCCAAUGUGCAAGCAACAGACAAGGAGUGGAUACAGUGUAAAGGGAAGUUCCUCCUCAAUGGUUCUGCAUCACGAGUAGUCAUUUACAUUGAAGGUCCGCCUCCAGGAACCGAUAUUCUCCUCAACAGCUUAACCGUAAAGCACGCUGAGAAAAUUCCUCCUUCACCGCGCCCACCCAUUGAGAAUCCUGCAUUUGGGGUAAACAUACUCACCAAUAGCCAGUUAACUGAUGGUACAACCAACGGGUGGUUCCCAUUAGGGAACUGCACGCUAAGCGUUGCAGAAGGCUCCCCUCGAAUCCUUCCUCCAAUGGCAAGGGACUCGCUUGGACCACACGAGCCUCUAAGUGGCCGCUACGUGCUCGUGACUAACCGAACACAAACAUGGAUGGGCCCUGCUCAAAUGAUCACUGACAAACUUAAACUGUUCUUGACAUACCAAAUAUCUGUUUGGGUUAAACUCGGUUCCGGCAUUAAUAGUCCGCAGAAUGUUAACGUCGCACUUGGUAUUGAUAGCCAAUGGGUAAACGGUGGACAAGUCGAGAUCAACGACGAUAAAUGGCAUGAGAUUGGUGGUUCUUUCCGAGUUGAGAAGCAGCCAUCUAAGGCUUUGGUUUAUAUUCAAGGCCCUUCUUCUGGCGUUGAUCUCAUGGUCGCUGGCUUGCAGAUUUUCCCGGUUGACCGGCUCGCCAGAAUCAAGCAUUUGAGAAGACAAUCUGACAAGAUCCGUAGAAGCGACGUUAUCCUCAAAUUCUCUGGUGUUGAUGCUAGCAAACUGUCUGGAGCUACGGUUAAAGUUAGACAGACGAGGAACAGCUUCCCUGUGGGAACUUGCAUCAGCAGAUCAAGUAUAGAUAACGAAGAUUUCGUCGAUUUUUUCUUGAAAAACUUUAACUGGGCGGUGUUCGGCAACGAGCUGAAAUGGUACUGGACGGAGCCAGAACAAGGGAAGCUUAAUUACCAAGACGCGGACGAUAUGCUCAACUUGUGCAGUAGUAACAACAUAGAAACCAGAGGACAUUGUAUCUUUUGGGAGGUCCAAGCAACUGUUCAGCAGUGGAUACAAAAGAUGAACCAAACCGACUUAAACACGGCGGUCCAAAACCGCUUAACCAGUCUUUUAAACCGUUACAAGGGGAAAUUCAAACAUUAUGAUGUGAACAACGAGAUGUUACACGGAUCAUUCUACCAAGACAAGCUAGGCAAAGACAUAAGAGUCAACAUGUUCAAAACCGCACACCAACUAGACCCAUCUGCGACAUUGUUCGUAAAUGAUUACCACAUAGAAGACGGAUGUGAUCCAAAAUCCUGCCCGGAAAAGUACAUUGAGCAUAUUCUUGACCUGCAAGAAAAGGGUGCACCGGUCGGAGGAAUUGGGAUUCAAGGCCAUAUCGAUAGUCCAGUGGGUCCAAUUGUUUGUUCAGCUCUAGACAGACUAGGAAUCCUUGGUUUACCGAUAUGGUUCACGGAGUUAGAUGUCUCCUCCAUUAAUGAGCACAUCAGGGGAGAUGAUUUGGAGGUAAUGAUGUGGGAAGCUUUUGGACAUCCUGCGGUUGAAGGCAUCAUGUUAUGGGGAUUUUGGGAGCUGUUCAUGAGCAGAGACAACUCUCACUUGGUGAAUGCAGAAGGUGAUGUUAAUGAAGCUGGCAAAAGGCUUUUAGCUGUGAAGAAAGAUUGGCUCUCGCAUGCUAAUGGACAUAUUGAUCAAAACGGUGCGUUUGCAUUUAGAGGGUACCAUGGAAAUUAUGCUGUUGAAGUGAUUACUAGUUCAUCUCAAAAGGUUCUUAAAACGUUUGUUGUCGAAAAAGGAGAUUCGGCUCAGGUUAUUACUGUGGAUCUUCAAGGUUUGUGAUUAUUUUGUGUGAUGCAUGUGUGUUUAUUAGUGUGACUAUCUAAUUUCAAAUAUUCUCAAGCUUUGGUGUUUGUA